UUGAAAGGUAACAUUGCUGUUAUCCAAACAUCCUUAUGUUUUAUAUAUCGUGGCCUAAAUAAAGUUUGCUCAUCUCUAAAAUAAAGUCAGAUACAGUUCACGUGAUAUUCUCUUAAUGUUAUGCACUGAAGACAGGUCGAAAUUCACCUGUAGAUUAUAAUUUUCUCAUUUAAGUAGUCGAUAUUUUUUAUUUAAAAUGCUCAACAUCAAAGAUGUUACACUAUCGCCAAUGGAAGACUCCAUUUAUGUGGUGCCUUUCAGAAUGAAUUACACACAGGACAAUGUGUCAAAAACAUGGGAUCUCAUUAAAACACAUAAUAGUGUAACAAUCAUUCUGUACAACACUACUCAGAAUGUUUUGGUAUGUGUGAAGCAAUUUAGACCAGGGGUUUAUUUCAACAGCAUUCUACCUGAAGAUAGGAAGGAAACAAUAGACACUAGCAGAUAUCCACCAAAGCUUGGCAUGUCAUUAGAAUUUUGUUCUGGAAUAGUUGAUAAAGAAAAAAGUCUAGCAGAAAUAGCUGUCGAAGAGGCUUAUGAAGAGUGCGGAUAUAAAAUCAAUAAAAACUCAUUAGAAAAAGUUAAAUCGUACAGAAACGCUAUUGGUGUUGCUGGCGAAACAACAACACUUUUUUAUACCGAAGUUACUGACGAUAUGAAAACAGGGCCAGGUGGUGGCGUAGAAAAUGAGUUAAUAGAAAUUGUUCAUCUUCGCAUGGAUCAAAUAGAAAAAAUUAUACGCGAAGAUGAAGCCAGUAGUUCAAAUAAUGUGUCUGGAGAAUUUUUAUUCGGAUUAAUGUGGUUUUAUAAUAGACAGAGUAAAUUGUAAGAAAUCUUCCAUGCAAUUAUGUUAUAUACAGGAUCUCACAGAAUUGUUUCUUCUCAUGGACAAAU